AGCGCUUUUAUCCAAAGCGCUUUACAAUUGAUGCCUCUCAUUCGCCAGAGCAGUUAGGGGUUAGGGGUUAGGUGUCUUGCUCAAGGACACUUCGACAUGCCCAGGGUGGGGUUUGAACCGGCAACCCUCCGACUGCCAGACAAUCGGUCUUACCUCCUGAGCUAUGUCGCCCCACAUGUGGUUUAAACUGGUCUGAUGUGUUCCGGUCUCCUGAGGUAGGGGGCGCUGCUCAUAAAAUGAGUCUCUCAGGGGAGCCAGAGAAUAAAGGAGAAACCCACAGCACUGACAGAAAGAGAGUCCAGGUAGAAAGACCAGGGUCACCUGCUCCCAGCUAUGUGUCUGUGAAGAGUGAAAGUUCUAUGGAUUUUCCAUUCAACCUUAAAGGAGAGUCCACAGGUGAUCAAAGAGUCCAGGUAGAAAGAUCAGGGUCACCUGCACCCAGCUAUGUGUCUGUGAAGAGUGAAAGUUCUAUGGAUUAUCCAUUCAACCUCAAAGGAGAGUCCACAGGUGAUCAAAGAGUCCAGGUAGAAAGAUCAGGGUCACCUGCACCCAGCUAUGUGUCUGUGAAGAGUGAAAGUUCUAUGGAUUUUCCAUUCAACCUUAAAGGAGAGUCCACAGGUGAUCAAAGAGUCCAGGUAGAAAGAUCAGGGUCACCUGCACCCAGCUAUGUGUCUGUGAAGAGUGAAAGUUCUAUGGAUUUUCUAUUCAACCUUAAGGGAGAGUCCACAGGUGAUCAAAGGAUCCAUCAGUCACUGGACUCCAGCUGUUUUGAUGAUAAGACGUCACAGCUGUUUUUCCCAAAACAGUCUCUCCUGCGCACUCUGAUGAAGCUGAAUAAAGAUGACAAGUUGAAACUGUUUGAGAACCAUCUGAGUCAGGAUUGUCCAGAAUGCUUUGAGAGUCUCUCUGAAGAUCCUUGUGCUGUGGAUAAGUUUAUGAUGAGUGAACUGCUCAAGAGUCAUAAAAUUCAUGACUACCCAGAAUGCAUUGAGAGAGAGCCGGAGGAUCCUGAGGCCCUGUACAUAGUUGAGAAGAUGCUGGAGACCUGUGGCAGUGAGAGGUCUCUGAAGAUCACACUCCGCAUCCUGAGGAACAUGAAGGAGAAGGAUCUAGCCAACUCACUGGAGAGAGAGCAGCGCAAUGAAUUCAUAAAAAGAGCCCAGCAGGCACUGAAAACUCAUCUGAAGAGGAAGUUUGAGUGCAUAUAUGAUGGUUUGAACCACCCAGCCCUCCUUAAUGAGAUCUAUACAGACCUCUACAUCACAGAGGGAGGAAGUGAGGGGGUCAAUGAUGAACAUGAGAUCAGACAGAUUGAGACAGCAUCCAAGAGACAAACCACACAAGAGACUGCAAUUCUCUGCAAUGACAUCUUUAAGCCUUUACCUGGACAAGAGAAACCCAGAACUGUGCUUACAAAGGGCAUCGCUGGCAUUGGGAAAACCGUCUCUGUGCAGAAGUUCAUUUUGGACUGGGCAGAAGGAAAAGCCAAUCAGGACAUUGAUUUUGUCUUUACUCUUCCUUUUCGAGAUCUGAAUUUGAAGAAGGAAACAGCAUUCAGUCUAAUGCAACUUCUGCAGCACUACUUUCCACAACUGAAAGAGAUAAAAACAUUUGAAGGUGAUGAAGUCAAAGUCUUGUUUAUCUUUGACGGUCUGGAUGAGUGUCGACUUCCUCUCAAUUUCCAAAGCAAUAAAAUCUGCUGUGAUAUGACAAAGGUAUUGUCUGUGGAUGUGCUGCUGACCAACCUCAUUAAGGGUAAUCUGUUUCCCUCUGCUCUCCUCUGGAUCACCUCCCGACCAGCAGCUGCCAAUCAGAUCCCUCUUGAGUGUGUCCACCAGGUGACAGAGGUACGAGGGUUCAGUGACCCACAGAAGGAGGAGUACUUCAGGAAGAGAAUCAGAGAUGAGAAACAGGCCAGCAGAAUUAUCUCACACAUAAGGUCAUCCAGGAGUCUGUACAUCAUGUGUCACAUACCAGUCUUCUGCUGGAUUUCUGCUGCUGUUCUGGAGACAAUGCUGGGUGAAACAGAGAGUGGAGAUCUGCCUAGAACUCUGACUGAAAUGUACACACACUUCCUGCUCAUUCAGACCCAUGUGAAGAACCAGAAGUAUCAUGGCACAAUUGGGACAAAUCCAAAGAAGAUGUCAGAGUCAGACAGAGAAAUCAUCCUGAAACUGGGGCAGCUGGCUUUUGUACAGUUGGUAAAGGGUAAUCUGAUAUUCUAUGAAGAGGACCUGAGGGAGAGUGGCAUUGAUGUCACUGAAGCUUCAGUGUACUCUGGGGUGUGCACAGAGAUCUUUAAAGAGGAGUAUGGGUUGUAUCAAGAGAAGGUCUUCUGCUUUGUGCAUCUGAGCAUUCAGGAGUAUCUGGCUGCCUUGUUUGCUUUUUAUUCAUGCGUAAAUGAGAACAUAAAUGUACUCAGAACAGAAGAAUCAAAACCUCACGGUGACAGAGUGCAGAUGUCUGAGUUACACAGGAGUGCAGUGGAUCAGGCCUUAGAGAGUAAGAAUGGACAACUGGACUUUUUCCUCCGAUUCCUUCUUGGCCUCUCUCUGGACUCUGUUAAGACUCUCUUAGGAGAACUACUGACACAGACAAUAAGCCGAUCAUCUGUACCAGGCCUACAGACACAGACAGGAAGCCGAUCAUCUGUACCAGGCCUACAGACACAGACAGGAAGCCGAUCAUCUGGACCAGACCCACAGACAGGAAUAAGAUCACCCUUACCAGGCCCAAAGACACAGACAAAAUGUAGAUCAUCUGUAUCAGACCUACAGACACAAACUGUUCGCAGAUCAUCUGUACCAGACCUACAGACACAAACAGGACGCAGAACACCUGGGCCAGAUGCGCAGGCACAGACAGAAAGCAGAUCGGAGAACAUUGAGGAAACAGUCAAGUACAUUAAAAAGAAGAUCAGUGAAGAAUCUUCAGCAGAGAGGAUCAUCAAUUUGUUCCGCUGUCUCAGUGAACUGAAUGACAACACUCUGGUGGAGGAAAUACAGAAUUGCCUGAGAUCUAGAAAACUUUUGGAUAAAGUGCUAGAACUACACCAAUGUUCAGCUCUGGCCUUUGUGUUACUGAUGUCAGAGGAGGUCCUGGCUGAGUUUGACUUGAAGACCUACAACACAACAGCAGCAGGUCAUCAGAGACUGGUACCAGUAGUCAGGAACUGCAGGAAGGCCAUACUGAACCGCUGUGACCUCACACAGAAGUCCUGUGAUAUUGUGGCCUCAGCUCUCCAGUCAUCAAGCUCAACCCUGAGAGAUCUGGACCUCAGCUACAAUGACCUGGGAGAUGCAGGAGUGAAGCUGCUCUGUACUGGACUGAUGAGUCCAAAAUGUAAUCUACAGAGACUUGGACUGAACAGCUGUGACCUCACAGAGGAGUCCUGUGAUAUUGUGGCCUCAGCUCUCCAGUCAUCAAGCUCACCCCUGAGAGAUCUGGACCUCAGCUACAAUGACCUGGGAGAUUCAGGAGUGAAGCUGCUCUGUGCUGGACUGUUGAGUCCAAAAUGUAAACUGGAGAGACUGGGUCUGAUCAGCUGUGACCUCACACAGAAGUCCUGUGAUAUUGUGGCCUCAGCUCUCCAGUCAUCAAGCUCACCCCUGAGAGAUCUGGACCUCAGCUACAAUAACCUGGGAGAUGCAGGAGUGAAGUCGCUCUGUGCUGGACUGAUGAGUCCAAAAUGUAAACUACAGAGACUGGGGCUGGGUUGGUGUAAUCUCACAGAGGGCUGCUGUGAUAUUCUGGCCUCAGUCCUGUGUUCUCCUCACUCGGAGCUGAGAGAUCUGGAGCUCAGAGACAACGAGCUGCAGGAUUCAGGAGUGAGAGCGCUCUCUGCUGGACUGGAGGACCCACACUGUAAACUGCAGAGACUAGGGCUGUCAGGCUGUAGAGUCACACAGAGAGGCUUUGAUUCUCUGGCUUCAGCUGUGUGUUCAAACCCCUCACACCUGAGAGAGCUGGACCUGAGUUACAAUCACCCAAUAUUUUCAAAACUGAGAGCGCUGUUAUCUACUAAACUGGACACACUCACACUGCUUGCAGAUUGUCGAGGAGGGCACAGGACCAAACCAGGGCCCAGGAAAUAUGGCUGUCAGCUCACACUGGAUCCAAACACAGCGUACAGAGAGCUGUCUCUGUCUGAGGGGAACAGGAAGGUGACACACACUCUGGGGAGAGAGCAGCCAUAUCCCGAUCAUCCAGAGAGAUUUGAGCCCGUUCCGCAGGUUAUGUGCAGAGAGUUUCUGUAUGAGCGCUGUUACUGGAAGACGGAGUUCAGCGUAUCUGAGGAGGGGCAGGUGGAUAUAGUGGUGGCAUAUGAAGGAAUCAGCCGGAAAAUAGGCUUUUCUGACUGUCGGCUCGGAUGGAAUAAAAACUCCUGGAGUCUGGAGUGCAACAAACGCAGAUACUCUGUCAGGCACAAUAAGACACAGAGACAGAUCCUGGCCCGCCCGUCCCCCUACCGCAGAGCAGGAGUGUGUGAUGAUGACGAUGGCACCAUUCGGGAAGUGUGUGUGUACAGGGUGGGAGUGUGUGUGGACCGUCCGUCCGGCACGCUGUCCUUCUACAGCAUCUCCAACUCUGACACACUGACCCUCCUGCACAGAUUCCAUGUACAGUUUACUCAACGCACACCCCUCUGUGCUGGAUUUUAUGUGUAUAAAUCCUCAGUGUCCCUCUGUCAACUGCAGUAGUCACUAGAGCCUGACCGAUGCCAGAUUUUUGGGUCCGAUGCUGAUCCCGAUUUUGGAGAGUCCUAGCCCACCGAUUACCGAUGUUUUGACCGAUAUUUUGUCAAAAAGUGCAACAUUUUCAAAUCAAUUUGAAAAACUUACAUUUUAUUAAAGUUUCUAUAUUUAAGAACAUUUAACUUCUAAGCAAAUAGUUGAUACAUUUUUUUGGUUGAAUUCAUAUGUUUUGAAUUUUUUUCAAAAAUGUAGUUGUAAUGUUCUGUUCUAAAAUUCUUUUUGAAUGUGUGUCGUGUGCUAUAAUAAAAAACAAAUGAUCA